AUGAGCUAUGGCGGCAUUCCUGCUGAUCUCGGCGUUGCCUCAUUGGCAUUGGCUUGCUUGUACUCUUUUGUCAUUCCAGAGUUGGUGGUCCGGACCACAGCAUUGUUUCAUCCAACCUUAUCUCAACGUCUGAAGCUGGGUUUCCAUCAUCUGCAACAGCUGUUUCCAGCCUUUGCAGUAUCCGUUUAUCUCAUUCAUGCAAACACCAAUAUUCAUACAUGGCAUAGUAGAGCGUUCAUUCUUAUCCAAACAGUGCUCUUUGUUUACCUUCCUUUUUCAUAUUGUUGGUCAAACGAUACAAUCACGCUCAUUGCAUACCGCUGCGUCUUGGCUUGGUCAUUGAUUUACAGCCUAUUUCCUCAUGAAGUCUCGAACGCAUUCUGGUACAUGACCCAAUUACAUGCUGCAAGUAACAACUACUAUUACGUCUUGUAA